AUGUCAGACACCCAGAAAUACACGGUCGGUUGGAUCUGCGCCAUCACCACCGAGUCCGUAGCAGCCCGGGCCUUCCUCGACGAAGAACACGACGGCCCUUGCCAAGUCUCACAACACGACAACAAUAGCUAUGUCCUGGGCAAGGUCGGCGGCCACAAUGUAGUCAUCGCCGUCCUGCCUGAUGCAGAAUAUGACAUAGUGCCCGCGGCGGCAGUAGCCCGAGACAUGCUCCACAGCUUUCCCAACGUGUGUAUCGGAUUGAUGGUCGGCAUCGGAGGCGGUGCGCCUAGCCGGAAGCGUGAUGUCCGACUCGGUGAUUCGCGAUGGGGCAAAGGCGGCGUGUUCCACUACGACUUUGGCAAGACUAUCCAGAAUCAGUCAUUUCAAGAGACUGCAUUCUUGGACCAACCACCGAUGGUGCUGCGGACGACUGUGAGCACGCUCAGAGGCACAUACGAGAUGAAAGGCCACCAGCUUGUGGACGAUGUGGACAAGGCAUUGAAGAAGAUCAAGAAGCGAAAAAAAUACACACGGCCUCCUCCAGCAAGCGACAGACUAUACAAGCCCGACUUUAUGCAUCCUUCACAAUCGUCUGACGGCUGCGACGUCGCGUGCGGCAAUGAUGAAACCCACCUGGUGGUCCGGAAGGAACGAGACGAAGAGGAAGACGAUCCCGUGAUUCACUACGGCUUGAUUGCCAGCGGAAGCCAACUGAUGAAGGAUGCGCGUAUCCGGGACAAGCUGGCGGAUGAAAAGGGCGUCCUUUGUUUCGAGACGGAGGCGGCCGGCCUGAUGAACCACUUCCCAUGCCUAGUGAUCCGCGGGAUAUGCGACUACUCCGACUCGCACAAGAACAAGGAGUGGCAGGGCUUUGCGGCAAUGAUGGCGGCGGCGUAUGCGAACAAUCUUCUGCGUCAGAUCCCGCCCAACAAAGUCGAAGAGGAGAGGCGGAUCAGUGAAGUACUUAGUUCGGCUCAAAAAGGUCUCGAACGUUUACACCUGACGGUGAAUGAGACCAAAACUGCAGUUGUGACUAUGGAACAUAACGAUCGCCUCGCUCAACUCGAUCGAUGGCUUCGCCCACCCGACCCAUCAACGAACUUCAAUCAUGCGAGAAAACAAUGGCACGAGGGAUCCGGGCUAUGGUUCCUGAAUAGCGCUGCCUUCAACGAGUGGAAGCAUGGAUCACAUCGCCAUCUGUGGCUUCACGGCUUAGCAGGAUGUGGCAAAACCGUCCUCAGUGCGACAAUAGUGGAUCAUCUCCGGAAGAUGGACGAUUGCGUCACCCUUGAAUUCUAUUUCGACUUCAACGACACCGCGAAACAGAAGAUGGACGGCGUGUUACGCUCCCUCCUCUUUCAGCUCUACAAGUUAGGGUCUCGCUCUAAAGACCUCGACAGCUUAUACCAAUCCCACCUCGACGGCCAGCGGCAGCCAGACACACCGACUUUAACAAACUGUCUCCGCGCGAUGAUCAAGGGCUCGAAAACUACUUAUGUUAUUCUGGAUGCCUUAGACGAGUGUCUGGAGAGAAACCACGUCCAUCUGAUUGCCACUGGCCGGCCAGAAGAAGAGUUUUUGAGCUUCAUUCCCGGCUGGCUCGGCAAAGAGCACUGUUUGCCACUGGACAAGAACGCUGUUAACGCCGACAUACGCUCCUAUGUCACAGCGAGGCUUGAACAGAGUUCCGAUUUCGUGGACAAGGGCCUAUCUCAGGAUCUCCUCGAACAGAUACGCAAUAAAGUCGGAGACCGGGCUGAUGGCAUGUUCAGAUGGGCCGCAUGUCAAUUGGCCAGUCUUGCAACAUGUAUGAGUCCCAGAGCUAUCGAAAUAGCUCUCGAGACUUUGCCCCGGGAUCUCGAUGAGACGUACCGUCGCAUGCUUCGAAGCAUCCCGGCAGAUAUUGAGAAGGAUGCCAUGCGCCUCCUGCAGUUUCUCGUCCACACCAAGCGGCCGUUGACACUAUUAGAGGCCGUAGAGGUAAUAGCGACACAGACGGAUGAGGAGCGCCGAGGCUUCGACCCGAAGCGCAGACUGUUUCGUGAAGCCGAUAUUCUACAGCACUGUCCCAGCUUGGUGUCAGUCACAGACUAUGGAAGGACUAGGAAGGAGCUCCAUCUUGCCCACUUCUCUGUCAAAGAGUAUCUUCUAAAACAAGACCAGUUUGACCUCACCAGUGCCAGCGUUGUCAUCACAAGAACCUGCUUGAGUUACCUUACGGAUAUCGAGGGUAGCUCCUGGAAAAUCAAGCAGGAUUCUCCGAUGGCAAGAUAUGCGGCGGAGUACUGGAUGGGCUAUGCAACCUCGGCAGAGACUUCAGAAGCCGUUGUUCGGACAGCAGUCAGGUUUUUACAGGAUGAGUCAACUUUUCAGCGGUGGAGUCGGUUGUGUCAGGCUGACCGGGAAUGGGUCAGCGAUCCGGGCCCUCCUCGAGCAUCCAGACUCUAUUACACUUGCCUAGGUGGACUCGUAGCAACUGCAAUAGGCCUUCUGGGCGAGGGCGCCGAUGUCAACACGCAGGGCGGCGAAUACGGCAGCGCUCUCCAAGCUGCCUCACAUGAAGGCCACAGAGAAGAUGUGCAACUCCUACUAGACAACGGCGCCGACGUCAAUGCGCAGGGCGGCUACUACGGCAAGGCUCUGGGCCACAGAGAAAUUGUGCAACUCCUACUAGACAACGGCGCUGACGUCAAUGCGUGGGGCGGCGUCUAAUACGUCCCUAGAGCCCGCCAGAGAUAUCACACCCAUCUACGUUGCGACCUCUCGGUACAUCCGGUCAUCGUAGACCAAGAAUAUAGGACUAUGUUAAUAGCUAUCUAAUGACCCUAAUUUCAAGUUACCUCUUAACAUCGUUUGUGCUGAUUGCCAAACAAGGC